UCCUUUUUGAAGGAAUUUCUCGAUUUUCUGUUUGUUUCUCGGGAAAGAAAAAGAAAAUAAAAAUUAUGGCUGUCGCUGAGGAACCGAUUCUCUCGCGGCUGGACCGGUUGGAUAAUAUUUUGAGGCGGUUGGAGGAAAUUAGAGGGUGCGGAAAGUCUCCGAAAAGCUCGUGUGGGUCCACUCCAUCAAGUGGGACCCUUACGAGCGAUUACCACACCUCGUCCGUUGAUCUGUCGCCCAAGAGCCUGGAGAAGCACUGCCGUCCGAUCAGCAACGUCAUCAAAAUCACCGAAGUCAAAGGAAGCCUCGUCCAGAGAAUGGAUAACAUAGAGGAUCGAGUCCUCAAGCUUUGUUUGCAACUAGAGGGAGAGAUAGAGAGGGAGAGAGAGACGUUGAUGGUUUCCGAGAAGAAUAAGAAGAAGAAACCUAAGAAGAGUUUUAAGCAGCUUGUUCAACGGUGUAUGACGGGACAAGGAAUACGUGAUCAGUUAACGUCGGGACAAGGAACACGUGAUCAGUUAACGUCUUGAAAGUUCUUGAAAGUUCGAAGUUCAAAUUUCGUUUCUUAACUAACUUGUUCGUUUUUAUUUCUAAUUGU